AUGCCCCAUGCACCACCGGCACAGAAAGAGGUCAUUGAAAACGGUCCCAAAGGUCAAUGUAGCGGCCACUUCCAGGCCGCGCACCCUGGCUCUUAUGCAGAAGUUCAGGCAUGGAUGCGUGAGCCUCUCAUGAACAAGGCUGAAGGGAUCCAGGUUGAGGCCUUUGUUCAGCCAUGGAUGCUCAACGCUCCCUAUCUCCAGGCAUUGGUGUCUACACUGGACGUCACAACCAAGUCGGGGUUCCUUGUAGCACUGAGCUCUGAAAAUCACUUUGUGAUUUGGAUUGGAACUGGAUCUAGCGUUGAAAUUCUCUCUGUUCCUUUCAACCCUCGCUCUCAACGGUGGUUCCAAUUUAAGCUCGUCAUCCGUGGAGCCUCCGUCAAUCUAUCGGUCAACCAUGUCGCAAACCAUCUUGAAAAGAUUCCAGACCAUACAACCUUCGAAACCAAACUUACAACUUCGGCUCAACUGAAUUCAUGUACCCCUCUAUUAUUGGCAGCCACCCGUGCAGCAACACCCUCCCAGUAUACUGACCGUCCGACGCACUUCUUCAACGGUCGACUCGAUGGUCCGAGUUUGAAGGCACUUGGCCCACAAGAUUGGGACCUUGCGAGAUACGACUUCUCUAUCGAUAUCUCCAGCGACGAAAUUGUAGACAUAUCCGGAUGCGGCUUGCAUGGACGGCUGAUAAACGCACCUACACGUGCUGUCCGAGGCCACGAUUAUGGCCAUCAUUCUGUCGGCACGGAGUGGACCACUGCUACCAGCGGUUUUGGGGCUAUUCAUUUUCACGAAGACGAUCUGGACGACGCUGCUUGGGACACCAGCUUUCAGCUCACGAUUCCACAGCAUCUCCGCUCUGGGGCCUACGCAGUUGAAAUCUGGGACGAAAAGCGCACACUUCAUGAUUAUAUUGUCUUCUUUGUGCGUCCAAAAGAGGUUCGGCCACAGGCUAAAACUGCUUUCGUUUUCUCAACCUUUACGUACCUGGCAUACGGAAACGAGCACAUGUACGACGAGACCAAGUCCACCCAUAUCUCUUUCCCGGAAGGAGUUCAGCUCCUGCGUUCAGACAAUUACGACCGCAUGGUCCGUCGCUCUGACCUUGGUCUCGCCAUUUAUGAUCUUCACAGCGACGGAUCUGGUGUUGUUUAUAGCUCUUCAAAGCGGCCGCUGCUGAACAUGCGACCUGACUAUGUUCAUUGGGGAUUCGAGCGACCACGCGAGUUCUCCGCCGAUUUGCUCAUGGUUGGAUUCUUAGAGAAGAUACUAGGCGAUGGGUAUGAUAUUCUCACGGACCACGACCUGCAUUUACGUGGGGUGUCGGCACUGGCCAACUAUGACUGUGUCAUCACCGGAUCUCACCCGGAAUACCCAUCUAUGGAAUCUUUGGACGCCUACGAAGGGUUUGCAAAGCUCGGAAAAUAUCUGAUGUACACUGGAGGAAACGGGUUCUAUUGGCGCUCAGCUACGGAUCCCAACCGACCGCACCGCAUGGAAGUCCGUCGUGCAGAUGUCGGUGCGCGCACACAUGAGCUCCCGGCUGGUGAGCGCUACCACUCUGUAAACGGUGGCGGGCUAGGAGGUCUGUGGCGAUCACUGGGCCGCUCCCCUAACCUCUUGUUUGGAAUCGGAAGCUGUGCAUCCGGUAAGGGCCCCGGACGGCCUUUCAUUCCAACGGCCGAAGCAACCAACAACUCAGCCUUCUCAUGGCUGUGGAAGAACAUGGACUCGUCCUCCCGACAACUCCUCGGUAAAUGCGGACUCGCAGGCGGUGCAAGCGGCGACGAAUUGGACCGGAUGGAUUUCUCCAUCGGAACACCGAGCAACGCGGUGUUGCUGGCACGCAGUGAGAGACAUGAUGAUCAUUUCAUGUUGUUCAACGAAGAGUUGAUUUUUCCCAUGAUUGGGACCCUGGGGUCCGAGACCGAGCUUGUCAGGAGUGAUAUUGUCUAUUAUGAGACGAACGCAGGAGGAGCGGUGUUUAGUGUGGGAAGCAUAAACUGGAACAACUCGCUGGCUUGGGAUAAUUAUAGCAACGAUAUUGCUCAGUUCACGGAGAACGUUCUUCGGGAGUUUUUGAGGCGGGCACAGUCGACUGACUGCUGA